CCCGGAAGUGGGGACGUCCACACUCAAAGCAGGCACUUCCUGUCGCUCUCCAGCCCCUGGAGGAGGAAGGAAGGGAUCCUCAGGAGAGAAGCGGAUGAGUUCGGGAGAAUGGUGUCUCCCCUAAAGUUUUGGGCCGAGCAAGAGAACCUGGCAAUGGUGAAAGAUCUAACUGAAAGGAUGACAUGGAAGGAUACUUUUGAGCCCAACCUGGGAAAGGGCCCUCCUCCUGUUCGGACUGAGUAUAGUGGAGUCUUCUGGAGAAGAGCCACACAGAAGAGCCUGCGGGCGGAUAUGCUCCAUUUUAAUAGAUCACGGAGGUGCUUCAGGCAGUUCUGCUACAAGGACGCAGAAGGACCCAGAAGUCUUUGCAGCCAGCUCCACUUCCUCUGCCGUCAGUGGCUCCAGCCAGAGCAACACACCAAGGCGGAAAUGCUGGACCUGGUGGUGCUAGAGCAGUUCCUGGCCAUUCUUCCUGCGGAGAUGGAGCGCUGGGUGAGGGAGUGCGGGGCAGAGAGCAGCGCCCAGGCUGUGGCCUUGGCAGAAGGAUUCCUCCUCAGCCACGCAGAGGAAGGCAGGCGGAGCAAGGAGCAGCAAGACCUGUUUGUGGAAGAGAUGUCCAAGGACACGAAAUAUCCUUCUGAGAGCAAUUGGAUCGUGCCAGAGAAGGGCAGAGAAGUCUCCACCUCACUGAAUGAGGAUGAAGGGGUGGUCUCUUCUAUUCUUGGCCCACUUCUCUCAAGAGGAGGAACCAGGACACAACCCACAUUUACAAGUCUAUCCCUUGAUUAUGGUACAGCUUCAGUGGGGUUGGAUCAGGUGAGGGGAAGGGUCCUUCGUGGGCUGUGUAUCCCUGACCCUCUCCCUGGGCAUGGAGGAAUCUUCCUAAGAAUGGAAGAUGCCCACCAGGAUGCCCCGUUUAAAGAUUUAAAUCCAGUUAGGCUUCUCUAAUUGUUUCAUUUGGGGCCCUUCCUGCUCAUGAAU